CCCACGCUCCAAGAUGCUGUCAGCUCCGGCAGGUUUUAUCUCUCUCUCCCCUGUGCUUCUAUAUUUAAUUGCAUUUCUCUCGGGAUUACUAGGCAACACUCCCCCACAUGGCUAACAAGAAGGUGAUGUUUGUGUGUAGACAGUGCGAUGUGCAGCUCAGUUUAGGCUUCUGUUAAGGUGGAGCUGAGCUUUAGGGGGCGUCGCUUGAUCCUCAGCAAUCUUUACAAUCUCAGGCUGAGGAAUGACUGGAGAAAUGCCCCAUUCCCUCUCCUGCUUCUUUCAUUCGUCGUCAGCUCAUCCUAGCCAUCUGUUAUUUGCAAAGGGAAGCAGAGCCUGAAGUCCAGACCAGAGUUUCCUGUGUACUUUGUGGAAUUUGAGAGCAAAAUAUUUACCAAUAUAAAUUCUCCAUAAACAGGUUUUAUAUAUAUAUCAUGAAUUUUCACAAGGAUUGUGCAUUAAUCCCAUCAUGAAGACAAUUGAAAGGGCACCUUUGUCACACUGAAAGAUUCUGUAAGACUUUUUUUUUCUCCCUGUAAGUUGCUUUGCAAAGACAAAGGAAAAAUGAAUUUCUCUACUUAUUUUGAAAAUCUGUCAAUUCCUAACAACAUUUCAGGUAAUGUUACAUUUCCAAUGUCAGAAGACUGUGCUUUGCCACUGCCUAUAGUUUUAACUCUUGCGCUUGCCUAUGGGGCUGUGAUAAUUCUUGGACUUUCUGGAAAUUUGGCACUAAUAAUCAUCAUUUUAAAGCAGAAGGAAAUGCGAAAUGUCACCAACAUCCUCAUUGUGAACCUUUCCUUUUCGGAUCUGUUAGCAACAAUCAUGUGCCUCCCGUUCACACUGAUUUACACUCUUAUGGACCACUGGAUCUUUGGGGAAGUCAUGUGCAAGCUAAAUGAGUACAUACAGUGUGUUUCAGUGACCGUUUCCAUUUUUUCACUGGUUCUUAUUGCUAUUGAACGCCAUCAAUUGAUAAUAAAUCCUCGUGGGUGGAGACCUAAUAACAGACAUGCCUGCUUUGGAAUAAGUGUAAUAUGGGGUGUAGCUAUGGCUUGCUCUUCACCUUUAAUGAUGUACAGUGUUUUAACCGAUGAACCAUUCAAAAACAUAAGCCUUGACUCCUACAUAGGAAAAUACGUUUGCCUGGAAGAUUUCCCGGAGGACAAUUUCAGACUUUCUUAUACAACGUUGCUCUUUAUCCUACAGUAUCUUGGGCCACUUUGUUUCAUUUUUGUCUGCUACACAAAGAUAUUCCUACGAUUAAAAAGACGAAACAAUAUGAUGGACAAGAUAAGAGACAACAAGUACCGUUCCAGUGAAACAAAAAGAAUUAACAUCAUGCUCUUAUCCAUCGUGGUGGGAUUUGCUCUUUGUUGGCUGCCGUUCUUCAUCUUUAAUUUGGUGUUUGAUUGGAAUCAUGAAGCAAUUGCAACCUGCAACCACAACUUAUUGUUUUUGAUUUGCCACCUCACGGCAAUGAUCUCCACCUGCGUGAACCCCAUUUUUUAUGGUUUCCUUAACAAAAACUUCCAAAGGGAUUUACAGUUCUUCUUUAAUUUUUGUGAUUUUAGAUCUAGGGAGGAUGAUUAUGAGACAAUAGCUAUGUCUACCAUGCACACUGAUGUUUCCAAAACAUCUUUGAAACAAGCAAGCCCGAUAGCAUAAAAAAAUUGAAUGACAAUAUGCCUUUUUUUUAAUGACAGUAAAUGUGCUGCAAAUAUGUAUCCCAAAUAAGCACAACGCCAUUAUAUCCUGAAGUUCUAGCACCAAACACUGCAAAGGCAUGGCUGUGUUCCAUCUGCACUAACAUUAUACUGCAUUUGCCGAUUAAUAAGAACACGAGCAACUGCUGCAUAUUCCAGUUGCCAGGCUGUGGAACCAUACUGUCAGCAUUUUGCAAGCAUUCACCUUUCUUUCUGUCGUGUGGCAUUCAUGUGGUGUUUGGCACCGAGAACAAGCAUUCUUCGGUAAUCUCACGAUCGCUUCAAACUGUGAAUGCUGUUACAAUGUUUUGUAUUAUAAACUUUAAUCUGUACUCGUAAAUAUAACCACAGUAUAUGAUAUAAGGUAUUUAUUACAAAAGUUGCAAAAGUUACUUUUUUACCUAUUUUAUUAGACGUUAAUGGAUAUUAAGUUAUACAUAAUGCUAAUUUAUAAAGCAUUACUACAAAUGGUUAUGACGUCUUUGAAGUACUCUUUCUCAUGGUGAAAUGAGCAAGAAGUGGGGGGGGGGUUACCUUAUCAGAAGGUUUAAAAAUCACACUGCAUCUGUUUACCUUUUUCAGAUUUUCGGGUUUUGACACAUUUUAGGGCUUAUGUAAUAAAAGGCACUACGUUUGCCCAGGAGCUGUAACUCAUAGCAACAAAUGAGCAGGUAAUGUUUACUUGUCACCUGUUUAAAAGCAAACAUCUUAUUGGUUGUUAGGGAUUACUGCUCCUUGGCAAAAUGAGUGCCUUAUUUUUACAUAUGACGGUAUCUGUUUUAUUAUAUAUGUGUUUGCUUUAUUUGUGUUUACUAUCAUGUAUGAUGGCUUUUUACUGCUAAAAUUUAUGAAAGAAUUGCUAGUGAUGAAGAGAGGUAGUAGUAUAGAAAAAACUUUGUCCCCCUCCCCCCCGAUUGCAAAAUUAUAUGAAUAUAAAAUAGGUAUUCAUUUUACUCAUGAAAAUGUACCAGUACCAGUUACUUAACUCGCAACUCAGUAGAGUACAGAGGGAGAAUCAGUGCGGGUCCAACAACAAUGAACAGCCAGCAGUUGCCCUUCCAGGAAACAAAGAUAAUAGAUAAAUACAUUUACUACAUUUACGACCGCAAGUGCAGUGUGCAAAGCUUUGGAUGCCAUAUUACCCAUAAUGUACAUUUUCCCCAUAAUUCCAGAUAGAUUGUUUUGUUUCUGGUACUUAAAAUUAAAAUGAAGUCCGCACAUGCCCAUUUGUUAAAUAACAGGUGUUAGUUUGGGUCACUACACAUUACAAACGACCAUUUUUCUUGCACUUUGCCCACUGUGUAGGACAUUAUGCAAAUAGCUGCAGGCAUCUGCCCUCCAUUUCAGAGACAUGAGACUCCCCUCUCUAAUAUAGUGCUGACUAUGUUCCUCAGCACUGUAUUAAUGAGUGGUGUGGCAGGUAGUAGUCCUCACCUUACAUGCAGUAUCCACAAGUCCUUGAAAAAAUAGGACCAUAAUGCAACCUUUGUAUUUCGGAAAAAAUGAGAGCUCCAAAUUCUAUUUUUUACAGCUUUGAUUUAGAUCCUUCACACACAUUUUGAAGUAAAAAUACAGAUUUAUCAUUUUAAAGGGUCUAGUUUAUCUGGUUGAGCAAAAAAACCCUAAAUUUUUUGAGAUUUAUUAUGCUCCAAAGCUGCUAAAAAUCCAAAUCUGAAAAUACUCAAGC